CACUGAUCUCACUGAUCGGGGAUCAGUAGCGAAAGGAAAAGGGAAAUCGAGGAGCUCUGUUAAAACGUUCCUGAUCAUGUUUUGCUCCUGCUACACCGUGUAGAAACUGUGUGUGAGGUUUUCGUCGAUUUGAAGGCCAGCGUAAAGCUAUUAAAAGAGUCUAAAAUGACCCAUGUGGUGACUCGUGAAAUGUAAAUGGCUUCCAAAGUGCGCGAUGCUGUGGUGUGGUACCAGAAGAAGAUUGGUGCGUAUGACCAGCAGAUUUGGGAGAAGUCUGUGGAACAAAGAGAAAUCAAGGGCCUGAGGAACAAACCGAAGAAGACCGGCCAUGUGAAGCCAGACCUGAUUGAUGUGGAUCUGGUGAGAGGCUCUGCUUUUGCCAAAGCCAAGCCCGAAAGCCCAUGGACAUCUCUAGCACGGAAGGGAAUAGUGCGGGUUGUUCUCUUCCCCUUUUUCUUCAAAUGGUGGAUUCAGGUGACCUCCAGAACCAUCUUUCUGCUGCUGCUCUCCCUUUACCUGCUCCAAGCGCUUGCGACAGUGUUGUUUUUUAGCAUCUCACAUCCCCAUGACAUCCCAGUAACUGAGGUGUUUGGGGCUUUCUGGCUCAUGCUGCUUCUGGGCACUGUGCACUGCCAGAUCGUAUCCACACGCACACCAAAACCUGCUCCCAACGCCACGACCAAGAGGAGAAGGAAGUUAAGGAAGGCAGCACACUUGGAGGUGCAUAGGGAAGGCGAUGGCUCUAGCACUACUGAUAACACACAGGAAGGGGCACCGCUCCUCCCGGGCUCUGCCACCACUCACAGUCUCGGUGCUUUCUUCAGAGAUUUCUGGCAUAAUGUCUUUAAACCGGGGUCUAAGAAAUUCAAGCUAUCCAUUGAUAAGUCCACAGAGACGGAUAAUGGAUACGUGUCACUGGAUGGCCGUGUCACCAGCAAGAGCAGUGAGGAGAGGCUGCAGCUCCACGAGCCUCACUGUGACCUGCUGCGCUCUGAGGAGCUGGGUUGGAGCGGACCACAGUCCCGAAAUAAACUCCUGUCUCCCAGCACUAAGUGCAUACAGGAGUGCAACUUGCACAACGUAGAGAACAUGUCUGACGAGGCAUCCAGUGAAGAAGACCCUGAAAACUACAGCACCCUCCGCAGGGGUGUGGAGCGCAUGAACAGUGACUGCACACUGCGCAACAGAAAAACCCACCACUACAAAAAACACUAUACAGCUGCGGAGGAGAUGCCCAAGUCAGGCACGAGCUGUAGCUCCCGCUGUUCCAGCCUGCGCACUCAGGACUCGGAGAGCACUCGACACGAGUCGGAGACGGAGGAUUUGUUGUGGGAGGAUUUCCUGCACUGUGCAGAGUGCCGCUCCUCCUGCACCAGCGAGACAGAGGGGGAGGGGUCUGCUGUCUGCCCUGCUUCCAAAAAAGAAUACCGGGAUGACCCCUUCCUGCAGGGCCACGCUCCAUGGCUGCACAGCUCGAACCCCGGGCUGGAGCGUGUGAGCGCCAUUGUAUGGGAGGGAAAUGAAUGUAAGAAGGCAGACAUGUCAGUGCUGGAAAUCAGCGGUAUGAUAAUGAACAGGGUGAAUUUGUACACUCCUGGCAUUGGCUACCAGAUUUUUGGAAACUUGGUGGCUGUGACUCUGGGACUCACACCGUUUGCAUACAGACUUUUCCAAAACAAAGACAUAGAGCAGCUGUCCUCUCUCUCGGCCAGUGAGAUGAUCUCCAUUGCCUUUGGCUCCUCGUCUGAUGUCAUGGUGAUCGCGAUGGUGUCCGUGAGCUUUGUAGUGCGUGUGUGCCUCAUCUGGCUCUUCUUCUUUCUGCUCAGCGUGGCUGAAAGGACGUACAAGCAGAGACUGCUCUUUGCAAAGCUCUUUGGUCACCUUACCUCAGCACGCAGAGCCAGGAAGUCUGAGGUACCUCACUUUCGCCUGAAGAAAGUGCAGAACAUUAAGAUGUGGCUUUCUCUGCGCUCCUACUUGAAGAGACGUGGUCCCCAGCGUUCAGUGGACGUCAUUGUUUCCUCUGCCUUCCUCCUCACUCUCUCCGUGGUUUUUAUCUGUUGUGCUCAGUUGCUGCAUGUGCAUGAGACAUUUCUGGAUUUCCACUAUAACUGGGAGCUGGUGAUCUGGUCCUUUUCCCUCUCACUCUUCCUACUGCGCUUCGUCACACUGGGCUCUGAGACCAGCAAGAAGUACAGCAACACCUCCAUCCUACUGACCGAGCAGAUUAAUCUGUACUUGAAAAUGGAAAAGAAACCAAACAAGAAAGAAGAGCUGACGCUCGUCAACAACGUUCUCAAGCUGGCCACCAAACUGCUGAAGGAACUGGAUACUCCGUUCAGGCUGUAUGGCCUCACCAUGAACCCUCUCCUGUACAGCAUUACACAGGUGGUGAUCCUGUCUGCGGUGUCAGGGGUCAUCAGCGACCUGCUGGGCUUCAACGUGAAACUCUGGAAGAUCAAGUCAUGACACUGAGCGGUCUGCAGCCCUCACAGAGACGCAGUGCACAGGGGCACCUGCACGGAGCUUCCUCUUAACUGGGAAAAACGACAGACUUUUAGCCCUUCUCCCUCUGAUCUCUCAGAGCUCUGGCACUUCAGCUGGACGAGAGACUUUUAUUUUACUGUGGGUUUUUUUUUGGGAGUCCUCAGACAUUUAGCUGCUAUUGGAAUGUCAAUGUUACAGUAUCAAUGCUUCCUUAGGAAUUUACUAUAUAUGUAUAUAUCUGUGUGUGUGUGUUUUGUAUAUGUAUUUGUAAACAUGUGGCACAAAAUUAUUUAUUUUACGGGGUCAUGAGCAUGUGAUGUGUGUGCCUCAGAUACAGCAGAAGCCAUGAAAACGGAGCUCUUCAUCACUCACUCAGCAGCUGGUCAGCAGGUCAGCACUGCUUUAGGUCAGCACUGCUUCAGGUCAGCACUGCUUCAGGUCAGCACUGCUUCAGGUCAGCACUGCUUUAGGUCAUAUGUGUCAUUUGAGAGCAGGAUUAUUCUGAAGCACUGAAGGCAGAGCUAAACAGAUGGAUGCAGUGAAGCUGACUGGAGCGUCUGUGUGAGCUGGAGUCAUUUCAUCUCCAGUGGGUUACGCUGGAUAUUGAUUUUAUUAUGUCUAAAGAAAGAUUUGGAUUUUUUUUGGAUCAGUUCUUUGUAGUUGAUCAGUUUACCAAACUUGGUUUGACCUUUUUUUUGUUUGUUUAUUUAAAUAAUGUGAUAAAGUCUCUAAUUUCAGCAGCAUGUUUGGGAGACACAGGGACUGAAGAGAGACAGGGACUGAAGAGAGACAGGGACUGAAGAGAGACAGGGACUGAAGAGAGACAGGGACUGAAGCCUGGAAUAGUCCUUAGAUUAUUAUGUGCAUAACUUAGUGUGUGUAUAAACCUUGUGCUGUGUUCACAGGCUAAAUGUUACGGUCACUAGUUACACUGAGGUCCAUGACGUGACUCACAUCACAGUUCAAGCAGUUUCUGAAUGUUUCACUUACUCUGUCCAGUCCAGUUCCCCACUCCAUCAUUACAAUCCAGUGCAUGGGGGACUGGUUAAGGGUGUGUGUGUGUGUGUGUGUGUGUGUGUGUUAGUCUAAGUCAGAAUUGCCUCAAAAUUGCACUUUAAAGCAAAGAAUAUGUUGCUCAUGUCAGAGAGGUGAAGCCUCAGAGCUUUGUUUCUGGUUUUAUAUUUCUACAUUUGGGAAGUCAUUAAAGACGACCAAAGUGCUUUUAUUCUGUCUGCUGAAGAUAAACGUAUUAGCUCCUUCUUUAAACAUGAUUUUAUCAGAGAACUGUUUCAGUCAGCCAGUGGAUGCCACUUCCUCUCUCUACCCUUUCCCUGUAUCAUGCUGUUCCUGUUCCUGUGUUUGGGUUUGGUUUCUAAUGGUGCAGUUGAUCAGAGGAUAUGUUACAGUCAACACUAUGAAGGAGAACGGAUCAAAUGGGGGAAAAACACAACACACACGAAACAUUGCAUGUGCUUUCCAGAGUUUUUGUUGUGUCCAAUGUUUUCCUGGUCAGUUUGUAUGUUUUUAUAUGAAAAUAUUUAUAAAAAGUGUGUGUAAGUUACUCUGAAAGUAUUUCGGUACAGAUAGAGGACUGUGUUGUUUGGACUGCUUUUAUCACAUUAAAAUUCAGCUUAAAUGCACA